AAUUGAGCCCUACCUCGUAGAGAUAGAUCGGCAGAAAGGAUUCUCUCUCACUCAUCACGAGUCUCUCGUCUCCACAUACGCACGUAGAUACACACACACUUACUCGUGCCAUGCCAAUGCUAGCUGCCAAUUGCAUAUAAGGAGGUGAGUCACCUCAACUGGCCUUGAGCUCUCACCUCACCAGGCUCUUCUUCUUUCGUGCUCGCUCUGCUUUCUCUCCGUCGCCAACUCGCACGCACUCACUCACUUCGGCUUUCCUAACCUCCAGAGCAAUGGCGCCUCUCAAGCGGCGAGAUCUGGGCGGCCCGCUGCUGGUCGCGCUCUGCGCGAUAGCGCUCUGCCUGGCCGUGGGAUCGGAGGCGCACGGGCUGGACGAGUUCCGCGAGGGGAAGCAGAGCGAGGCGACGCCGGAGAUGGCGUCCUUCUUCGGCGCCAAGCCCGAGGCCGCCAUGCUCCCGGAGGCCCUCGACGCCUCCACCAUGCCCACCGCCAAGCCCGAGGCCGCCUCGGCCAUGCCUACCACGACGACCACCACGGGAGCCGCGUCGUCUUCGUCGGCCCCGGCGCGCAGAUCCGUGGCCGUGGCGGCCGGCGUGUCGUGCGGCGUGGCGGCGCUGGCGGUGGUCGGCGUGGGCGUGGCCGUGGCCUACGUGGUGCGCUCCAGGCGCGCCGGCGAGAGGCGCGAGAAGGAGGUCUGCCUCGGCUAGGCCAGGCCAUGGCCGAGAUUAUUAGGAGGGUUCGUUCGUUCGUGUGGCUUCUGUGUUUGUGGGUGUGUUCAAUCGAAGGAAUUGCUUAGUUUCGAUGAUUCUUUCUCUCUGCUUCUCUUCUCUUCUGUCCGUUGUGUGUUUGUGGCUUGUGAGAGCACGCUGUAACAUAAAUAAUGCUACUCGUACUAGUUUGAUUUCUAAUGUUUAGACCCAUUUCGUCAGGAAUUCAGGGGUUUUACAGUU